AUGACCGGCAAUGAUUUAAACCAAAUUAUAACAUUCAUCCAUCGAAUUGUUUCACGCCAAUAUCCCAAUGUGGCCCAAAAUGUAUUUGCGUUCAUCCUUGAGCGAAAUGUUUGGCGAUGCUGCUGUAAGUGAUUCUGUUUUCCAUUGACAUCCUUUCAUAUAUACUAACAUAUUGAAUGCAGUCGUUAAAUACGAAAAGGGUGUUAAAUUUACUAAGGAGAACCCCAAUUUUCUAUUCCCUGGAUUUGGUCCAACUCAGGAGCUCCGCGCUGAGCACUUUGCUGCCUGUCAGCGGCGACGGCAGCAAUAUCUCCAGCUGCCACCUCUCCAAUUGAACCUCUUCCUCGAGCAAAUGCUCCACCGGCCAAUGAAGCAUCACCUAAAGCUUCAAAUGUGGCAUUACCAGUGCGCCGCCGGCCAUCACCAGAUCUUGAUGAAAAUGCGGCAGCCGAUAACAAUGUUCCCGGGGCUGUUCUUGCGGCUCCUCCAGUCAAUUCCACUCAAGCCAUUACUCCUAUGGCACACUUUCUGCCAAAAGGCAUGGUCAUUGAAGAUCGUGAUAGAUCACUUGAGUGGACUCAAGAUUCUGUCACAAUUCGAUUGGCCGUUGAGCGAAGAUUUGUGGCUAGCAAGGAUUUCCGAGGCCAACCUCAGUUUGGGUGGGAACCUUCUGGUUACCCUCGCUUUUCCAUGAUUACCUAUGCCAUAAAUGCCCGUCGUGCUAUGAAGGGCGGCUCCGAUCACACGCUAUGGUACCUUGUCUAACUCCAAGCCAAGCCUGGAUGGGAGGAAUUUAUAAUCAGAUGCCAUGAUUUUAUGACUCGCGGCGUUAUUUGGGUCGAAUGGAGAAAUCUCGCCUUUUCAACGGACCGAAACCAUUUCCAAAAGUGGCUCAAGGUCUACGCCUUUCUCCAAUGGUGGAUUAUCCCACGCCAGAGAGCAGAAGAAGCAUGCCAAAAUCUCGUCGUCGCAUGGGCAGAAUGGCAGAGGAUACCCGAGGAAUCCCGCCCACAGUUCUCAUUGGCGACAAAUACCACACCAAAACAUUUCUUCAAUCUCGCCAAGAAGAAAUUUCCCCAUCUCAAUAAGCCAGACCCUCGAAAAACUGGUUAUCGAGGUAAAGGGGAUAAAAAUGAAAAUGCUCCUGCUCCUUCUGGUUCACAAAAUCAAGGAGGAAAAAAAUCACUUGGAGAGCCCAAGCCACGGGGUCGACCUAUCACCGAUGUGAAUGUCAUCACUGAGGAUGAUAAGGCAAAAAUGCGAGCUUGGGAGCUCAAUGCUGCAGCGGGCAAGAGAGAUAGAGAAGAUAAAGCCCGAUAG